ACGAAUACAUAUAUUAACAGACUUUGAUAUCCUCCGAAACUAACUCUCAAGCUGAAGCUGACGUUAUUUCUUUUAAGAUGGAGGCAGCUAGAUGCAUUGAGAAAGAAGACUGGCUUGGGAAUCAGCGGUUUCUUGAUGAUGGUGUUCCAACUUCAACAUCUGAGCAACAGGAAGAUGUGGAAAAUCUCGUUGACAACAAGUUUGCCAUGUACAGGGCUAGGAUCAAGAAUUUGGCUCCUGAGGACAAAGGACCCGUUUUAGAGCGUUUCAAACAUCUUGCUUAUCUCAACAAAGGUCUAUGUUACCUCUCAGAAUCCUAUGAGGUAUUGGAUGCCAGUCGACCAUGGCUAUGCUACUGGAUAUUACACAGUCUGGAGCUAUUAGGAGAAAAACUUACCCCUGAACAGUCCUCAAAUAUUGCCCAAUUUCUUGGUAAAUGUCAGUGUCCUGAUGGAGGCUUUGCAGGUGGCCCAGGACAGAUAGCCCAUCUAGCCCCUACCUAUGCUGCUGUGCUUGCCCUUAGUACUCUAGGAACAGAGGAAGCAUAUAAUAUCAUUGAUAGACCAAAGCUUCAAUCUUACCUCCUGAGAAUGAAAACACCAGAGGGUGCUUUCCUAAUGCAUAGCUCUGGAGAAGUAGAUGUCAGAGGAGCUUAUUGUGCAGCAGUAUCUGCUCUUCUUACAAAUGUAGCAACUCCUGAUAUGUUUGACGGCACACCAGAAUGGAUCGUCAGUUGCCAGACGUAUGAAGGAGGAUUUGCUGGCCAGCCUGGUAUGGAAGCUCAUGGAGGAUACACCUUUUGCAGUGUCGCAGCCCUGGUGCUAUUAGGACAUGAGAGAUUAUGUGAUGUCCAGGGUUUAUUAAGAUGGCUUGCUAUGCGUCAGAUGCGGUUUGAAGGUGGUUUUCAGGGAAGAACAAACAAACUUGUUGAUGGCUGCUACUCCUUCUGGCAGGCUGGAGUCUUUCCUCUUAUUCACUCCAUUCUCAGUAAACAGGAUGAUACAGCUCUUAGUAUGGACUCAUGGAUGUUUGAUCAGAGAGCAUUACAAGAGUAUGUUCUUCUCUGUUGUCAGUAUAAUCAUGGAGGACUUAUAGACAAACCUGGAAAGGCUAGAGACUUUUACCACACCUGCUAUUGUCUAAGUGGUCUAUCAGUGGCUCAACAUUUCUUAGCUGGUCAACUCAGGGAAGAUGAUGUAGCUGGUGAUCCCAAAAAUGAACUUAGACCAACCCAUCCAGUGUUUAACAUCAGUCUCCAGUGUGCCCACAAUGCAUCACACUACUUCGGCAAGCUACCCAUCCCCACCCCCAGAUGAGGAUACGUUGAGUCUGAGUCGUAGACUACCUAAUCUGUAUUAUUAUGAUUAUGCUAUCCAUCCACUGCUGCAAUAUGCAUCCCCUAUGGUAGUAAACAUGUAUGAAAUAUGAUGGGAAUCAAUCAUCAGCGAGGUUUGACUGUACGUGAUCUGACGAAAAAUCCUCCAUG